UGCCGUGACUUCCCAGGCAGCAGGGGGCGCCGUGCAGAAUUCCCUUCACCAGACUGUCUUCUCCCCGGCCCCGCCUCUUUUGGUGGCGGUUGGAAUUUGAAUCCUGGCAGAUCCCAGCCCCUUUGGCAUUUGGAGUGGAGGAGCUGCUCGCAAUUGACGUGGGCGCGUGCUGAGAGUGGGUGCGUUAGGGUCUCAUUUUCUGGGUGAAGUGACCGAGCACCCCCAUCUUUGGUGGCGGGGAAGGGUUAUUUUUGUUUCAAUCCUGGUCCGGCCUCCCCUGCCCCACCAUGGGGAGUCCGGGGCCGCGGUGCCCAGUGAGUGAGCAGCGGGCUCGUUGGGAACUAAAGCGAAGCCGCACGGCGCGAGAGCUGCUGGAGACUGAGCGCCGCUACCAGGAACAAUUAGCGCUGGUGGUACAGUACUUUUUAUGCAUUUUGAGAGCUAAAGGGACCCUGCGACCAGCUGAGCUACAGGCUGUGUUUGGACCCUGGGAAUCCAUCCAUAUUGCCAGCCAGGAGCUGCUCCUGCAUCUGGAGGCUGGGAAUUGGGGAGCAGGCCUAGAAAGAUUCUGUCACCACUUAGAAUUCUACACUCGUUUUGCUGCAAACCAAGAGCAGUCCAGAGCCACGCUCCAGAAGCAGCUAAGAAAGAGUAAGUGUUUCAGAAGGUUUGUACAGCUUCAGGAGGGACGUCCUGAGUUUGGGGGCCUUCGGCUUGUGGACCUGCUUCCCUUACCACUGCAACGCCUCCAACAAUAUGAAAACCUGGUUGUAGCUUUGGCUGAAAAUACGGGUCCUGACAACCCUGACUAUCCACAGCUCACAAAGGCUACUCAGAAAUUGAGUGAGGCCAUCCAGCAGGUUGGUGCCAUUGGUCGGGAACAGGAGAAUGGCAGACAACUCCACCGGAUUCAGACUUUGCUCAGUGGUCGUCAGGCUAAAGGUCUGACCAAAGGGCGCUGGUUCCUUCGACAGGGCUGGCUACUAGUGGUCCCUCCUAAGGGGGAGCCAAAACCUCGAAUGUUCUUCCUCUUUUCUGAUGUACUUUUGAUGGCUAAACCCCGGUCUGUUCUACAUGUCCUGUAUGGAGGGACCUUUGCUUGUCAGGCCCUUUACCCCAUGGCCCAGUGUCGGCUCCAAAGGAUCUUUGGCCACUCAGGGGAAGCAGGGGGUGGACUGCUCAGUCUUUCUUUUCCCCAGGAAAAACUGCUGCUCAUGUCCACCAACCAAGAGUCACUAUCUCGAUGGUACCACAGUCUGACCUUAGCCAUCAGGUAUGCCUUGCAUCUCCCUUAGUUCUAAUGAAUGAUUUAGCAAUGUGCAGAAUUCAUGUGUUUCCAUCACCAUUUAUGUACUCUAUAUUUCUUUGGCUCUUGAGUACUUUACUCAUAAACUGGGGCCUAGGCUUAUUUAUUGUUCUUUUUCUACAGCAGCCAGACAAGGUAGAAGAGCACCUUACAACUGUUUCCAAUUAGAUAUGGGGAGACUGAUUGCUUUGAAGCCCAGCAUUUCCAGGACUUGUGUAACCAUUUGGUGUUA